ACCACCGAAAUAUUCUGACAUGUUUUUUUUUUUUUUUCUUGCGCUUUUUCCUUGGUUCACAAUCAGUAAUUAAACAGUUACAAAGGAAAAAAGUCAAUUAGAGGACGACACCCAUCAACUGUUACAUUAAUGUGGAAAGUCCGUCAUCUCAAUCACUCACAAAAGCAGAGAAUCACAUCCAACUUAUUUGCUGCUGUGGCGGCUGGAGCUGUGUUGACAGUGGCAGGACCAACAUUGUUACCUUGUCCAGCAUAUGAUCAGAAUGACAAGUCGGCAUUCUUGGAAGAACAAGAAAAGGUGCAAAAGAAGAGAGUGGUGAUUGUCAAGAAGCGAAGGGAUACCAGUCACGUGUUACAGCAGCAACAAGAUCAAGCUGAAUAAAAGGAUCGUUUUGCACAACAAUAAAAUACACAUGAAAAAAGCACAGUGAAUGAUUAGACA